AUGCAAACAUUUGUUUAUGAUCGCAACUCAAAACUAUCACACGGUACAAAAAUUUCGGUUAAUAAUAUGAAAACACCAUAUGCAUCGACAUCUGUCAAAGUAGUUAACGAAGAUUGUCUUAUUAUUUAUCAGAAAUUAGUUUCGGAAGGACGUCGACUUUUAUUACUAAAUAUGACCAAUCAAGCUAGUCCUGGAGGAGGUUAUAGAAAAGGUGGUGGAGCACAGGAGGAAAAUGUUUUUCGUCGAUCAAAUUAUUACCAAAGUCUUGAUGCAGAAAUAACUGAUAAGGAUCGAUCAGAACGACUACAUUGCAAUGAUAAAUGUGAGCUCAAACAAAUAUCAAAAAGUGAUAGUUUCUAUCCGAUGGAUGAUUUUGGAGCGAUUUACACAACUGGUAUUACGGUGUUUCGACAAACAGAAGUCAAUGGUUAUGCGUACAUAAAAGCUCCAUUAUUUAAUGUUUGUGCUAUUGCCAUGGCUGUUCAUCGAGACCCUAAAUUACAAAAUAAUAGAACAUUAGAAAAUAAAUUUGCUGUUAAUACACAAAAAAAGGUUGAAAACAUUUUUGCAAUUGCACAUUAUCAUAAACAUGAUUGCCUCGUUUUAUCGGCUCUUGGUUGUGGUGCUUUUAAGAAUCCACCUGGUCAUAUCGCUUCUAUUUUUAAAUCUGUUAUCUUACAAUAUGUGGGACUUUUUAAUAUUAUUUAUUUUGCUAUUGUUGACGAUCAAAUGCAGGCAAUAAAAUUAAUCCACAGGGAAAUUUUCUUCCAUUCAAAGAAUUUUGAAUUUUUGUAA